AUGGCAGAGUUCAAUGUCGGGAGCGUUCUGGUGACUGGAUCCAAUCGAGGAAUCGGCCUGGGACUCGUGAAGCAAUUUCUAGAGCUACCAAAUCCACCAGAAUGGAUCUUUGCCACCACCAGGGAGCUGGAUGGAUCCCAAAGCAAGGAGGUAAUGGAGCUGGCAUUGAAGCAUCCAAACCUGGUGGUGCUGCAGCUGGAUGUCACAGAUCCAAACAGCAUAAAGGCAGCUGUGCAGAGAGUGGAGGAGCAUGUGCAAGGACAUGGACUGAAUCUCCUGAUAAACAACGCUGGCAUAAUACGGUUCACCACCAUGGAGAAUGAGAACGCUGAGACCAUGGAACUUAUAUACCUAACUAACACAGUUGGGCCCCUGCUGGUGAGCCAGGAGUUCUUGCCAUUACUGAAGAAAGCUGCCCAGCAGAGUACCCAGACAGGGCUGAGCUGCAGCAAGGCCGCCAUUGUCAACAUGUCCAGCAUCGCUGGUUCCAUAGAAGUAGUUCCAAUGUGGGAAUUGUGGCAAACACCCAGCUACCGCUGCAGCAAGGCUGCUCUGAACAUGAUCACCAGGUGCCAGUCCUUGGAGUACAAAAACUGUGGGAUUCUGUGCACUUCUAUCCACCCUGGCUGGGUGAAAACCAGAAUGGGAACAGAGAAGCUCUCGGGUUAA